AUGACGCAAUCUACCAAUACGUUUGAUAAAACUCAAUUAGAUUUUCAACAAAUGAUAAUUUCGUUAAUCUUUGUAAUAUUAUUACUUGUUGUUGCAUUUAUUGCAUCAAUUAUUUUUUUACCGUCAUCACAAAAUAAAGCAAUAAAAAAAUUUGAAAGAUUCGUUUUCAUUUGGCUAACAUUUGAUGCACUGAUUCAUUUAAUCUUGGAAGGUUCAUUUAUUUAUUAUUCAUUAAUUGAUACUAUUGAAAAAAGCCAAAGUCCUUUGGCUAAAUUAUGGCAAGAAUAUGGUAAAGCAGAUUCAAGAUGGCUACAUUCUGAUGCUACGAUAUUGUCUGUUGAAAUUCCUACAUCUAUAUUUCUUGGGCCACUUGCAAUUUACAUUCUCUACCUUUUGAUCAAUAAUAAUGUAUCAAGACACUAUUGGCAAAUAAUUAUUUGUGUCUGUGAAAUUUAUGGAAGCUGGAUAACUUUUUGUCCUGAAUGGUUAACUGGAUCAAAAAAGUUAAAUACAGAAAAUUUUGUAUUUUUAUGGAUUUAUCUAGUGUUUUUUAACGGACUUUGGGUAGUUAUUCCGUCGAUUUUGAUGCGCCAAUCUUGGAAUGUAAUCAUUAAAAACGCAGAAAUUGUUAAAAAGUUGAAAGAUCGAAAACUUGAAUAG